UGGUAGUUUGCCAACACUGGUGCCGCUGGUAAUAAUAUGCGAAAAAAGUGGGGGGAAAACAAUAAAUAAUACAGGAAAUAUGGUUAUCACAUAACGCAAUAUAACCGCAGCAGCUGCCACAAUGAGUCUCAACCUGGGGGGCUGGAUCCACAGCUUCACCGUAACGGACACGCAGCAGCACAAAGGAGGAUACACAAUUUACAAGAUUACCUCGAUCGUCUUCCCACGAUCGGUGCCCCAAGCUCUCACGUGUCUGGUUGUGUGGAAGCGCUUCCACGAAAUCAAGCGGCUGCAUCGAGAGCUGAGUCGCCGGCACAAGAGUCUCCAGUUGCCCGGCAAGCUGCCCGUGCCCACAGACAGCAGCUACUUCAAGCGCUUCGACGCGGUCGUCAUCCAGCGUCGCAAGGAGUACAUCCUCCAGCUGCUGGACUUUGCAGCCCAGCAUCCGGCCCUAUACAAGUGCAACACCUUUACUCACUUCUUCAGCGAGGCGCACUCGCCGAAUGGUUCUCCGCUGAAGAAGCUCUAUGUGGAGCGCUCCCUGAAGCUGAAGACCUGCCCAGACUCUGAGGGUAGCUGCAGUGGCGCAGGGGCUGGCAGCGUGACUGGGACGGGGGCAGGCGCCAUAGCGGACAUUUGCGAUAAACUUGAUCUGCCCUAUGACCCGCACAGCGCUGGUGGCAUCUUGCCACUGGAUACACGAUGCGAUAAGGAGCAGCCGCUGCAGCAGCUCGUAAGCUGCAACGAUGAACCAGAUGCCAAGGCCGAGACAGACGCUGAGCCAAAGACAAGUCCGGAUGAGGGGCAGGCCAAACGGGACUACCUGCGACUGCUCACGCCCAUGGCUUCGAUUGAGAGUGACGACAGCGACUACAUCUACGAGGCGGCCUUGGAGUUCAGUCACGCCGUCCAGGCGGAGGUGAAUCUGGAGUACGCCGAGGCACACGAGCGCUACAAGCACGGCGUGGAUCUGCUGCUCGUUGGGGCCAAGCACGACUCGAACGAAGAGCGCAAGUUCAUAGCCAAAGCGAAGAUAUCAAAGUACCUGGCACGCGCCGAGGAGAUACACGCCAACUUCCUGGCCAACUCCGCCAAGAAGCUGCACUUCCAGCUGUCGCUGGACAUGGCGGACAGCGCGAGUGUCGCGCAACUGGAGUGCUCCUGGAACCAGCUGGCCAAGUACAAGGUGGUGCAAGUGCUCGACGAGCGCGUGAUGCAGGUGCAGUGCAUCACGACGCCCCAGCAGCCGGCGGCCAUCAUGAAGGGCAUCGAGAAGCCGGCCAGCCACUCUCAGGUACCCUACAUGGCUCAGUUGUUGGCCUACUUUCAGUCGGACCAGAAGAUCUUCCUGCUGCUCAGGCAGGCCGAGGGCGGGCGUCUGUACGACUACCUGCAGAGCUACAUUCCCACGGGCACCAAGACCAUCAACUAUGGCGAGCUCUUUCCAGCGGAGAAGGAGCCAGUGGAGCAGCCCCUCACCGCCGACAGCGAUGUCAGCGACCUGGUGCGCAGCUCCCAGCAGCUGCUCAAAUCGGUUUCCCAGACCCUCAGCAAUCUGCAGGCUGGCGUCCUUACGCCCAGGCGACAGAAGGCGGCUGCAACUGAAGCCCGUGUCCUUCCCGAGCAGUGCCUGCGGCAGUGGGCCUGUGAGCUGGCCACAGCCAUCCACAGUCUGCACGGCAAGGGUGUGAUUCUGCGGGAUCUGCACAUGAACAACAUUCUGCUGGGCUCCAAGGGACAGCUGCUGCUCACGUAUUUCUACCAGAACGAGGGCCUCAGCUCCGACGACAACUACGUGCACAAGGCUCUCAGUCUGGAGGCUAUAUCCAAUCAUUUUGUGGCACCCGAGCGACCACUGAGCUUCCGUUCCGAUUGGUGGAGCUAUGGCGUGGUGCUCUACCAGCUUCUGCUGGGAGUGCCCUACAAGUCCACGCAUCCUGGCCAAUUGGAGCUCUACGGUUGUGUCCAGUAUCCCAGCGAAACCUUAGACAUCUCGGAUAAUGCCCGGGACUUGUUGGAGCAGCUGCUGCAGCUAAAUCCGGAGCUGCGUCUGGACUAUGAGCAGCUGCAGGGGCAUCCCUUCUUCAAGGGCAUCGACUGGCAGGUGGUGCUGGAAAGCGGCAUCUAAGGACAAGACAAAACAACGAUGGGGCGUUUUUUUUAUUGAUGAAUCUUCUCAAUAUUCGAAAUAUUCUUUGAUCAUUUACCGUGCUUUUUUUUUUGCUUAUUUAAUCCAGUAUUUUAUAGAACAAAUCCUUUGUAGGGGGCAUGGCAUAUAUCCUUUAUCGUUUGUUUUAUAGUUUUCGUUGCUUGUUUUGUUAAAAAAUAGGCUUUAUUUAAUAUCUAUUAUUUACAUUUGCGAAAUGUUCUAAAGUAUUGCCUACAAAUAUAUAAAAUUUAGGCUAGAAUCCAGGCGUAUUUAUGUAAUAAUUUUGAUAUACAAAAAUGCUGUUUGAAUACGAAUACGAUUAUGGGUAUAAAUUAGUCAGUAAGUAAAGUAAACUUUGUAAAGCCAAAUGAGCUAAAAUAGAAUUGAAUAUAAAAAGCAUUUUAUUGUCUA